UGGCCCCUGAUCAACUCGCCAAAGCACACCGCGAGUUUAGCAAAGCCAACAACAAACAGAACAGAGCAGAGCAGAGCAGCGAAAACAAACAAACCCAACCAAGAGCGAGCUUCUCCGGCGGCCCCCAUGGCUCCGAACCUGAGCAAAGCCACGGCCGCCGACGUGCUGGGCGGGGCGGUCGCGGCGGACGGGCUGAAGCCGUCGCCGUCCCGCUUCACACUCAAGGGCGGCAAGGACCUGGCCGUCGACGGCCACCCGGCGCUCCUCGACGUCCCCGCCAACAUCCGCCUCACCCCGGCCUCCACCCUCGUCCCUUCCUCCUCCGCCAACGCCGCCAACGGAGCCUUCCUGGGCUUCGACGCCCCGGAGCCCCUGAGCCGCCACGUGGUGCCCAUCGGCCGGCUGGUCUCCACCAAGUUCAUGAGCAUCUUCCGGUUCAAGGUCUGGUGGACGACCCACUGGACGGGCACCCGCGGCCGCGACCUGGAGAACGAGACCCAGAUGCUCCUCCUCGACCGCCCCGGCCCCGGCCGCCCUUACGUCCUCCUCCUCCCGAUCCUCGACGGGCCCUUCCGCGCCUCCCUCGAGCCCGAGAAAUCCGACCACGUGGCGCUCUGCCUCGAGAGCGGCUCGUCGGCGGUCAAGGGCGCCGCGUUCCGGUCCGCCGUGUACCUCCACGCGGGGGACGACCCGUUCUCGCUGGUCCGGGACGCGGCGCGGGUCGUGCGCGCCCACCUGGGCACGUUCCGGCUGCUGGAGGAGAAGACCCCGCCGCCGAUCGUGGACAAGUUCGGCUGGUGCACCUGGGACGCCUUCUACCUCAAGGUUCACCCGGCGGGCGUCUGGGAGGGCGUCCGCGGGCUGGCCGACGGCGGGUGCCCGCCGGGGCUCGUGCUCAUCGACGACGGAUGGCAGUCCAUCUGCCACGACGACGACGACCCGGCUUCCGGUGCCGAGGGCAUGAACCGCACGGCGGCUGGGGAGCAGAUGCCGUGCCGGCUGAUGAAGUUCGAGGAGAAUCACAAGUUUAGAGAGUAUGAGGGCGUGAAGGGGAAAGGGCUGGGCGGGUUUGUGAAGGAGAUGAAGGCGGCGUUCCCGACCGUGGAGCAGGUGUAUGUCUGGCACGCGCUUUGCGGGUACUGGGGCGGGCUCCGGCCUGGCGCGCCUGGGUUGCCGCCGGCGGAGGUUGUGAAGCCCAGGCUCUCGCCCGGGCUGCAGCGCACCAUGGAGGACCUUGCCGUUGACAAGAUCGUUAACAAUGGCGUCGGGCUCGUGGAUCCCAAGCGCGUGCUUGAGCUCUAUGAGGGGCUUCAUUCGCACCUCCAGGCUUCCGGGAUCGACGGCGUCAAGGUCGACGUCAUUCAUCUGCUGGAGAUGCUGUGCGAGGAGCACGGCGGGCGGGUGGAGCUCGCCAAGGCCUACUUCCGGGCGCUCACAGAGUCCGUCCGGCGCCACUUCAACGGCAACGGCGUGAUCGCGAGCAUGGAGCACUGCAACGACUUCAUGCUGCUAGGCACAGAAGCCGUGGCGCUGGGCCGUGUCGGGGACGACUUCUGGUGCACGGACCCUUCCGGCGACCCCAACGGCACCUUCUGGCUCCAGGGCUGCCACAUGGUGCACUGCGCCUACAAUUCCCUCUGGAUGGGCAGCUUCAUCCACCCGGACUGGGACAUGUUCCAGUCCACGCACCCCUGCGCCGCCUUCCACGCCGCCUCCCGCGCCGUCUCCGGCGGGCCCGUCUACGUCAGCGACGCCGUGGGGUGCCACGACUUCGCGCUCCUCCGCCGCCUGGCAUUACCCGACGGCACCGUGCUUCGGUGCGCGCACCACGCGCUCCCCACGCGCGACUGCCUCUUCGUGGACCCGCUCCAUGACGGCGAGACCGUGCUCAAGAUAUGGAAUCUGAAUGUGUUCUCGGGUGUUUUGGGCAUGUUUAACUGCCAGGGCGGCGGGUGGAGCCCCGAGGCGAGGCGGAACAAGUGCUUCUCCCACUGCUCCGUUCCUCUCACGGUGCACGCCGGCCCCGCGGACGUCGAGUGGGGGCAGAGCAAGGGCGGAUUGGGCGUCGGCGCGGCAGAGUUUGCCGUGUACUUUGUCGAGGCCGGGAGUGUGCGGCUGCUGAAGCCGGAGGAGACCGUGGAGCUCACGCUCGAGCCGUUUAACUACGAGCUCCUCGUUGUAGCCCCCGUCUCCAGGGUCGUUGAGAGGGACGCUGGAUUCGCGCCGAUCGGGCUCGCUAACAUGUUGAAUGCCGGCGGCGCCGUGCAGGGCUUGGAGUGCGGCGUUGGGGAAGUGGAGGUGGCCGUCAAGGGCGCUGGGCAGAUGGUGGCGUACUCGUCGGCGAGGCCCGUUAUGUGCAAGGUGGACGGCGUCGAAGCCGAGUUCGUGUAUAGCGGCGAAGAUGGGUUGGUCACCGUCGAUGUGCCGUGGUCUGGGUCGUCGUCCAAGCUGGUUCGUGUCCAGUACCUCUAUUGAAGGGACUAGUUAAGGAGACCAGAGGACUCUGUAACGAGCUUAGAAUUUGUGUAGCUCUUAUGUAAUGGUUUAAGCUUGUCUUGCUUAUUUUUAUCUCGCAAGAAUUUAAUGUAUAUGUAAGCUGAAUGAAUCAAUCGAAUUCAAGGUUUUGAUUUACA